AGGGAAACCACCAUCAAACACAGGCGUUCCACUCAUCUGUGUUUAGUGGCUUUACCUAAAGCGUGCAACUCUCAGUCGACAUGCCUUCAGUCACCGAUCUCCAAAGGCUUCUGCCCACUGGGCUGAUAUGGUUAAUGAACUUUAAGUCUUGCUUGUCUCAGCAUGGAGAAAAUGCAACCGCCAUGAACUACGUAGAUUAUAAUUUCUCCAGUGCGGAUUAUGAUGACUUUCCUCAGCUCUGUGUGAAAGAAUCCAACCGCCAGUUCCGCCUCUGGUUCAUGCCUACCUUCUACUCCAUCAUCUGUCUCCUGGGGCUCGCGGGGAACCUACUAGUCAUCCUCACCUUCUUCUUCUUCAAACGUCUCAAGACCAUGACGGAUGUGUACCUGCUCAACCUGUCCUUUGCAGAUCUGCUCUUUGCUCUGACGCUCCCCUUUUGGGCAGCCAACUCCAUGGUACAAUGGGGGCUGGGCUUGUUGGUGUGCAAAGCCAUGCACGCUAUUUACAAGGUCAGCUUCUACAGCAGCAUGUUCCUUCUCUCUUUCAUCAGCGUGGACCGCUACUUCUCCAUCACCAAGGCCAUCUCUGCUCACCGCCACCGCUCCCAAGCAAUGUUUAUCAGCAAGGUGUCAUCAGCUGUCAUCUGGGUGAUGGCACUGAUCUUCUCCAUGCCAGAAAUGUGCUACACCACUAUCACUAACAACACCUGCACCCCUUACUCCAGCAGUUCUGACCGGCUCCGCGUCAGCAUCCAGGCGAGCCAGAUCGUUUUGGCUUUUGCCCUUCCGCUCCUGAUCAUGAGCUUCUGUUACAGCCGCAUUGUCCAGACCCUUUGCCAGGCUCGUAACUUUGAACGAAAUAAGGCCAUCAAGGUGAUUCUGGCUGUGGUAGCUGUCUUCCUGGUCUGCCAAACGCCAUAUAACCUGGUCCUAUUUUGGACCACAGUUGUCACUGCAAAAGGAGGAACCAAAAACUGCAGCUAUGACAACAAUCUCCUCUAUGCCACCGAUGUCACCCAGUGUGUGGCCUUCCUGAGGUGCUGCCUGAACCCCUUCGUCUAUGCCUUUAUCGGUGUCAAGUUUCGUCAUGACCUCCUGAAGCUACUGAAGGACUUGGGCUGCAUGAGCCAGGAGAGGUUCUUCAGGUACACCUGCGGCAGCAGGAGGAGCUCAGCGGCGAUCGACAGUGAAAGCACCACCACAUUCUCUCCUUAAAGCUGUUUCAGCAUGGACAACAGCCCAUUCACACCUGCAGACCACACAGUGGACUGCUGAACAUUAGGAUACAUGUCUCAAAUAAAGAAAUGUACAUAUCAGAAGUUAUAUUAAUGACAAUAUGUGGGGGUUUUGCUGUUUUUUUGUUGUUUUUGACUCUAUUAGUGUUUAUUCUCGUUAGUACAGAUCAAACAAGGCUUUGGUUAUUUUUCUGAAUUGGCUACAGUGUACAGUAUUUCAUGAAGAGCACCAAAUCAUGUACAUUAAACUGACUGAACAAACAGCAGUUCUACACUGUUUAUAUUUUCUGCAUUGUAAGAUAUUUGCAAUUUUGUAAGAUAAAUAAAUUCACUGAAACAAGA